AUGUGCAAGGCUGUAGAUGUAAGUUCUGAUUGUAUAGUCACAGGAACUGUUUACAACAGAGAUCAGCCUGCUUCUCGAAAUGCAGUUGCAGGGUUGUCACCAGCAACACUGGCCUCACUUGGAGGAUCAUCCUCUCGACGAGGAAGCGGAGAUACCAGUAGUAUACUAGAUCCAGAUGUUUCACUCAGUGAAUUGCGGGAUAUCUAUGAGCUUAAGGACCAGAUACAAGAUGUAGAGGGGAGAUACAUGCAGGGAUUAAAAGAACUUAAGGAUUCGUUAUCAGAAGUCGAAGAAAAAUAUAAGAAAGCUAUGGUCUCCAAUGCACAACUUGACAAUGAAAAAUCUAACCUUAUCUACCAAGUGGAUACACUAAAAGAUGUUAUUGAGGAAAUGGAAGAACAGAUGGCUGAGCUACUUAGGGAGAAUGAAGAAAAAUCCAAGGAACUGGAACGACAGAAGCAUACGUGUAGUGUACAACAGCACAAAAUAGAAGAACUUAAAGAGGGUAUUCAGCAAAGAGAUGAACUUAUUGAGGAAAACAAGUGUUUGCAGCAAAGGGUGGACACCCUCACCAGGGAUGUGUUUGAUCUGCAGGAAACUGUCAACUGGAAAGACAAAAAAAUUGGGGCUCUAGAGAGGCAGAAAGACUACUUUGACUGCAUUAGGAAUGAGCGUGAUGAACUAAGAGAUGAGUUGGCUGAUCUGAGGGAAAAAACAAAGAAACAUGGUCUGGUUAUAAUCCCAGAAGGCACACCUAAUGGUGAUGUGAAUCAUGAACCAAUUGUUGGUGCUAUAACAGUUGUGUCUCAAGAGGCUGCUCACGUGCUUGAAAGUGCAGGAGACGGACCACUAGAUGUGCGGCUAAUGAAACUGGCUGAUGAAAAGGAAGAAUUGCUUGCACAGAUCAGAAAGCUGAAACUGCAGUUGGAAGAGGAAAAACAAAAGAACUCUAGGAUUGAAAAUGUGCUCACCGAUUCUGAUCGACUAGAAAAUGGCACAGAUCUACAAAUUCUAGAAAUGCAGAGAGAUGUAAAUAGGCAGUUGAGUGAAUACAAGUUUAAACUCUCUAAGGCAGAACAGGACAUUGCCACUGUUGAACAAAAUGUUGUCAGACUUGAAGGACAGGUGCUUCGCUAUAAAACAGCAACAGAAAACUCAGAAAAAAUAGAGGAUGAACUAAAAGCUGAAAAAAGGAGGUUGCAGCGAGAGUUACGAUCAGCAUUGGAUAGGAAUGAAGAGAUGGAAAUGACCAAUAGCCACUUGAUGAAGCGAUUAGAGAAGAUGAAAGCCAACAGAAAUGCAUUACUCUCUCAACAGUGAAGAGGAAAGAGCUGGUGCACUGUAUCUAUGACUAGCAGAACUUCCAGGCAUCACAACUUAAAGGCCCUUUCCAUUUGGUACAACCACUUUCAAACACUGAAAGAUGUCCUUUAUUAAGGCUUUGGUUUUAUAAAUGUUGGCAUAAAGUUUUUGUAAUUUAUGAGAGAUUCAUGGCAUUGUCUAAUGUCUAUAUGUUUGUUAAUUGUGAAUUGUAUUGCCUGUUUAGCUCACUGGGUUAAGAGCCUUUGAAAUGGGUUGUGGAUUUGUUAUGAGUGAUUUUAGCAGGUAAAUACAAAUAGAUUUGAUUGUUUAUGGCUUUAAUAUGCCAAAUUGAUUUACAUAAACCUUUCUGCUGCUUAGAAAUUAUAGUGGUUGCUUAAAGACCUUGAACAACUGCAUGAACAGAACAGAUGCACAAGAUAACCUCAUGACACUUUUGAAAAUCUGACUACUCUCAUAUGCCAAUUGCUCUGUGCGCCCCACAAUGCAGGAAUCCCACUUCAAGUGCCUUCUACGCGGUGCAAAGGAAAUUAUCUUGAUCUGGUUAUUCAAUCGAAUUUAUGGACCAUUCAUUUGGUCUGAAAUAUUGUAAUUGAGAUAUUUUAAAAACAGUGGGUAAAUUCCUAAGACAAGUAUCUGCCAAAAAUGACGUACAUAAUUUUUUCUUCAAAAAUACAAUUUCAAAAUUGUCAUUUGUAUUACAUGCAACUUUUUCAAGUAAAGAAAUGAUUGUAGGUAAAGUAAGUUUUGCAAAUGUUCCUAUAGUUUAGUUUAAAGCACAUGAACAGGGCUUUUCUGCUGCUCCUCGCUUCAUGGAAUUUAAAGAAAACAAAUGGAAAGAAUUUCCUUUUCUGUACAAAAUAUUGGACUGCAUCUUCAGAGUAUUACUGGUAUUGCCUGUUUAUAAGGGUUUUGUCUUUCUGGAAAAAAGGCAUGUGAAUGGGGGUUUUGACAAUAAAUGAAACUGUGGGCACUUUA